AUGGAUCACGGAGCACUACUGAGAAUGGUCGGCAAUGGCUUGACCUUCUUGGCGGCACAUAUAGCAGUCAAGGACAACGAUAAAGCUUGGGAAGGACCGCACUGGCUCCCCAAGGAUGUUCGAGAGGCAUACAAGACAGAUGGAAAGGCCUGCGACUACUCUAACAUCCCUGAUCGUGUCGUAUAUGCCAUAUACCACAUCACCAAUCUUUUGAAGGACAAGUCGCCCGAGUCUGACCUCGGUAGUCUUUGGGAAGCGGGAGGGUCGCUACGGCUUCCAGCCACUCUUCCUGACGGGGCUACGUUCUUAGAUAAUAAUGUAGCAUGGGGGGUUUACGAAGAGAUGAAGAUUCUUAUGACCGCCAUGCCUAAGGAUAAAGACAAAUAUAUCUACCGCGCCCCUCACUCUCAGAGUAGCGGAUCGGGCAUUGUUCCUUUUCCCGUUCAGUCUAAUACGGCUCUUCCAGAUACCACUGUAGCUCGUGCCGAUGACGGACGUGAUUGCCGUCUCCGAUUGGCUAAACGAAAACGAGCCGGCACCGAUAAUACUAAUAACCCGCCCUUUGUGGUUUUUGAGGACAAUAAACCAGUUCCCAAAGUCGCCAAGACCAAUUUUCGACCUGCUGACGGCCUGCCUACCACCAACCAAGAGAACUUGUCAGCCUCAAGCUCUAAGCAAAUAUUUUGCGGUACCUCGAUACAGUUCUUGGAAUCUCAACAGGUCGAACUCGCCGAGACCUUGAAGACUCUCCAGCACGACAUUCAACAAGAUCUCGAUGAGUCGCUGCGAGAAGUUGAGACUGCCCUGACCCUCGAAACUGGCGGAGCUUCAAACCAAGAAGCUAGUUAUCGGCUUGAAGGCGCAACUCUCCUCCGCGAUCGGAUCAGCAACAAGAUACCCAGUGCCUCAGCCGACGAGUUCAAGAGGAUGGAGGAUGAUCUGAGAGGACUUCACGAGUCGCGGCGAUUGAUCCUGGGAGAUGUGGGUUGCAUUAAGGACAGCAUGGCUGCAAAGAUAUGGUAUGAUGAGACGAUGAGCAAACUCGAGAAGAAGGCGAAAACUGCGAACUGGAUACCCUUUAUGGAUGGAGGAGAUGUCUGA